CAUUGAUAAUUUGCUGACUAAACAAACUGAAUUACAAAACCAACUUAAUGAUGAGCAAAAAAUAACUAGAGUUUUACAAAAUGAAUGUCAAAACUUAAGUCAAGAGAAAGAAACAAAACGACCAACUUUUAAAAAUUAUAGCCAAGAGAAAAUCACUCACGAUUUAGCCAAAACUCAAUUAAUCAACGCUAAACAAAGCCUUCAUGACUUACAGGAGGAAAACCAACAAUUUCAAAGUGAUAUCGAUAAAAUAAUUGCCGAACGAGAUGCCCGUCCCGAUAUUACCCAAACUGAAAAAGUGGAACUUCUUCAAAAAAAAGCCCAUAGUCUCCGCAGUGAAUUGGCUAAUGAAAAGACUUCCCACUCCCAUACCCAAGGACAAUUAACUAGCGAACAAUUAGCCCACGGAGCAACUGGAACUGAAAGAGAUAAUUUUUUUAAUCAGUUAACUAAUGCUAACCUCAAAUUGACUACUUAUGAAAAUUAUCUAAAAAAUGAGUUAAAAAUAAUUGAUUUAACCGACUUGCCAACCCUACCGGCCGAACAAAGUUUAACCGAUUUAAUAAUUUUCUUUAAUACUCAUAGCAAGUAUGAUUGUUGCAACCCACUUCACAGUGAUUAUGACAGUCUAAAAACCCGACUAGAACAAGCCGAGGCCGACCGCGACCAAUUGGCUACCAAAACUGAAGAACUGAAAAACCAAAAAGCCCAACUUGCAAAUGAUUAUCAUAAAGAAAAGCAAAAGCGGGAAAAAGCUGAGCAAGAAAGGGAUAAUUAUCAGCAACAACUCAGUCAAAAGGAAAAAGAAAUAAUUACUAAAUUUAUCACCGAAUUAAAAUUAGUUGACUGUAAUGAAAAUAGUUCUCCAGAAAAAGUUAUUGAAAUUAUUCAGCAAUUAUUAAUAAAUCCUGAUGCUAACAGUUCUGAUGCCCCUUUUGGUGAAAGUUUAGCCAAUAUUAAAAAAGUCGACUUAAAAAUGUUCGAAAAUCUCGGGAUUACCACAUCUAAAGAAUUAGAAAAUAAUAUUGAAAAAGUAAAUAAUUAUCAAGAGUUAGCAGAUUUGC